AAAUUAUAUUUUUAUUUGCGCCAGUUUUGUCUAGUGUCGAGAACGUAAUGGGUUAUUUUCAUUAUUACGUUUCUUUAUAGCACGUACGUAGCAGUCUCAAAAACGCUGAAAAAAUUGUCAGGAGUAGCUUUAGCUUAAAUAAGAUGUUGCGCUACGUGUUAAGUUGAAGUGAUUUCUUUGUCAUCGCUCUGGAUGUUCGGUGCCGAGUGGGAAACACUCCUUGGCGCUUUAACCGUCGGGCGCUAGGACCCGCCGGAGCGCUAAGCAAAGCAAUAGCGCGCUGUCAGGAAACGCGUGUUGAGACACACCUGGUUGUGCUGAUCAUAAACAGCAGGCGAACAACAUAGAUUUCUGGGAAUUCUGUCGUGGAGUUUGAAUGGCACACUGACAUACAUUACUCGGAUGCGCGGUUUUAUUUUAAUGGUAUGUUUAGCAGGGGCUUUGUGCUCGAAUAACCCUAGUUACAGUGCGAAGAGACCAGAGCCUUGAGAGGACGAGACGUUUUGGCAGCGACGGGAAUACCUCGGGCUGUCGACUACGUGUUUGUCUUGUUCAACUGUAACUUGAACGGUUUAUCAUGGAUCUCUUUAAUUCGAGUGGGCUAUCAUGAAGACAGUGUCUGGGAAAAUAAGGGCCAGAUCAAUCUACUCCACUGUGUCAUCCAAAUCGCUGGAAUGUGGAGUUUCGAUCAAAGCCACGUGAAUCGAUUCAAGCUUUGACGAACACUCCUAUUAGUCAUUUUUUCGCAACCCCACAACGUGCGUUUACGUGUAAAGGUGGCAGUGGUGAUGUUAAUUGACAUGAAAAAUCACGAUCACAACCCUGAGUCUGUAAAGCAGCUGAGCUCGGUAAACAAUAUGGACGAGACGGUGGAGGACGACAUCUCGGAGAUCCCUCAGGUCACCGUGGUACCGAAUGAAAACGGCGUUGUUAUGGUGAUCAACCACAGCAAAAUUCUUCCCCCGUUCAGCGUGGUGUGGGCGACUGUCCUCUACUGUGCUGAGUUUAUAUGCGCCUCUGUUCUGUCCAGCAUGUAUCACAAGAGCAACGAUGUAAUAUGGAUGGGUUUGACCAUUACAUUUAUCCUGGUGCCUUCUGUGCUCACUCAGCUCACCUUAACUUUCGUCCAUCGGGAUUUGGGUAGAGACCGACCUUUUAUGCUCUUCAUGCACCUGCUCCAAAUGGGACCGAUCAUGAGGUGUAUAGAAGCUUUGAUAGUUUACUUCAAGUCAGGGAGACAGGAAGAGCCGUACGUUACCAUCACAAGGAAGAUGAAGCUAAAAAAUGGAAAAGCUGUUGGCUCCCCUAUGGAAUGGGAAAUUGGGCAUUCAGAGCGCAAGCUGGCAGUCCACCGUGAUGCCUUUAAACGCACAGCUGUCAUCCAGGCAUUCCUUGGUUCCACACCUCAGCUCACUCUCCAGCUGUAUGCUGCCAUUCAAGAGAAAUACAUACUUCCUACUAGACUUACCCUGAUGAUCAUCUCCCUGAUAUCAAUCACAUACGGGGCGCUGGUGUGCAGCGUUUUAGCAAUCCAGAUCCGCUAUGACGAUUACAAAGUCAGAAUGAAGAUCGGUGCAUAUUUGUGCAUGGUGCUGUGGCGUGGCUUGGAGAUCGCCACUCGUGUCACUUCACUGGUACUCUUCAGCACAGCCCUGACCUUCUGGGUGGUUCCUGUAGGUCUGGCGAACCUGCUCAUCUUCUUCUUCCAGCCGUGGGUGGAGUUCUGGGCACGAAGAGCCUCGAUGCCUGAUAAUUUAGAAAAUAACCUGAGCAAGCUUGGUACGUGCGUGGUGCUGUGUAUGGUCACACUUCUCUACGCCUGCAUCAACGUUUUCUGCUGGUCGGCUGUGCAGCUGAACCUGGCUGAGCAUGAACUGAUAGAGAAGCAGCCUCGCUGGAUUCACCUGGCCUUAUACUAUACAUUUCGCUUUGUUGAAAAUGUGGCACUUAUUGUUGCCUGGUACUUCUUUAAGUCAGACUUUUAUGAGUAUGUGUGUGCACCACUACUUGUUGUUCAACUGAUUGUGUGUUAUGGACUCGCUGUGCUCUUUAUGUUGCUCUUUUACCAGUUCUGCCACCCGGCACGCAAACUCUUCAAGCAUAAUGUGGAAGACUGCCUGCGUUGUGCUUGCUGCUGGAGAAAAGAGCACACGCUGGUUCCACAGGUUCCACCAACCCCGGACCUCACUGUUCAGCAGGGGGUGCGAGAAACUGAUAUCUUGGAGGAGAUGGAGGCAGCUUGACCUGCCUCAGUAAUCCAUUUGUUCAGAUUUGGCCCUCCCAAGUUUAGCAUAUUUGCACGAAUCCACGAUCAGGAACAUCGUGUGAGCUUCGAUAAGGGCAGUGUGAACUAUGCAGAAACUGUUGUAGUUCAUUUUAAGAGUCCUGUGUGUUACUAAGAGUUAGCUCAGCAUGACUAUUUUGAAUUGCCUUGAAAUGGCCUUGAACAACAACAACAACAAAAAAAACGCCUCACUGCUCUAAUUUUAGACUUCACUACUUUGGUGUGUAUUGACAGGGAAGUGAUAUUGUAGUUACCUGUUUUUUUUUUUUGUUUUUUUUUUAGCUGCUACAUACCAAAGAAUGUUGCAAAGAAUAGGAUGAUUCACAAAGACAUCCUUUACAAAGGGCUGAAAUGUGAAUACUUAGCCCAGGUGUGUUGGAACCAGGCCAGAGGUCUGAAUCAAGGCUCAAUGAAGUUUCCGUGAAAAUUUGGGGCAUCCCCUGCAUUAUGUAAAAACAAAAGCCAGCCAUUCAUUCCCGUCAAGUGCCCUUUGAAACUUGCGUAUCUCAGAGAUAAGCUGGGAGGCCUCCUGUGAAAAUAUUUUUUCCUGUAAGUUAUGGAGGAAGGCAAACACUUUAGGUGUGAGCAUUUACCUUAGUUUUAAGUAGCUAUAGCGGUAUUUCCUACGGGAUUAAAACCAGAGAGAUGUCCGUUUAAAUUAAUGAAGUUGGUUUUAAGUGCCGAAAAUAUAAGAUCUUAACUUUUGUGAGAAUUAUUUUUUUGAAUGUUUUUUUUUGUUGUUAUUGCUUGUUUUGUGCCUGAAAUCCGUGCCUCUGCUUAUGCUGACUUAAAUAUAAUAUUAAUAAAAUAUUUUGAAUGUUUGACUUAA